AUCAGCUGCAUUGUUAGCAAUGAGGGAAUGUUUUCCAAAUGUAUCUGUAAAGGGUUGCUUUUUCCACCUUGCGAAGAACAUGAGAAAAAAAUUGGCAGACUUGAAUUUAAUUCAAACUUACAACACCGACGCAGAAUUUGCAUUAAAGGCGAAAAUGGUGAUCGCUAUUUCUUUUGUACCGCUUGACCACCUGGACGAAGCGUUAGAUAGCCUUGCUGAUGUCUUGCCUCCAGAAUUGCACCCUCUACUUAAUUGGUUUGAGGAUAACUAUGUUGGAAGGCUUAACAGAAGGGGAAAUGGUCGCCGGGCUCCCAUAUUUGAAUCUUCAAUAUGGAACUUGUACGAACGCACACUACAUGAAGAAGAUCGUACAAACAAUCACUCAGAAGCUGCACAUCGGAGAUUGCAGACUGAAUUAGGUGUUCUACAUCCUACCUUGUGGAAAUUUAUAGACGCUUUGCGCGCGGUGCAGCAUGGCCGAGAUAUUUAUUAUGAAUCACUGGUAGCGGGAAACAAUCCACCUAAAAAACUUAGAAGGUAUAGAGACGCCGAUCGUAGAAUUUUACAAAUUGUACGAAACUUUGCUCAGUACGAAGCUAUUGAAGAAUAUUUACGGGGCAUCGCCCAUAAUUACCAAAUGGGGCAAUAAUAAUGUAAUAUUAUAUUAAUAAUGUAACUGUAAUUGCACUUGCAUACUUUAUGAAUGGCAUACUGUUUAUUAGAAUAAAGUUAUUUUCA